AUGUUGUCGCUUGUCCUCACCGUCCUCUUCGUGCACAUCGCAAUUUACCUGGUGAACACAAUCGGCGCAACGACAAUCGAUGCAUUGUUAUGGCACCUCUAUCUGAAACUACCGACAUCAACCUCUCGAAAUGCCCGCGAACAGCAGGAAAAAAAGCGUGAAGCUAUGCAGCUAAAACGCGAGAUGAACAACACGUCCUCACAAGACGAGUUCGCGAAAUGGGCCAAGCUCCGUCGCCGACACGACAAGGCCAUGGAGGAACAUGAGAGCAUGAACAAACUCGUCUCAGCCCAGAAAACCUCCUUCGACUGGAGCGUCAAGACAGCCCGAUGGCUCAGCACGAACGGCCUGAAAAUCUUCCUCCAAUUCUGGUACUCGAAGACCCCCGUGUUCGCUCUUCCCGCCGGCUGGUUCCCGUACUACGUUGAAUGGAUACUCUCUUUCCCGCGGGCACCGCUGGGCUCAGUGAGCAUUCAAGUCUGGAGCAACGUGUGCGCGACAACGAUUGGAGUUAUGGCCGAGGUUUUGGGAGCGAUGCUCGUGCAGGCUCUGGGACAGCAAAAGAAUGCCGUACCGGCGAAUGGAGAUGGUAAAAAGACGCAGUGA